UUAAUACUUUCCUUCGCCUCCUGCCCCCUCUCUCCAUCUCUGGCGCUAAUUGGGUUUUCUUCCCUCGACCAAAGAAUCGCUUCCUAAACCUAGAUUUCGAGAGCUCUCCGAGAAUUCGAGCCGCCAUGGACGAGGAGAACACGGGCCCCUUCCGCCGAACGUCGACCCGGACCAGGAAGAUGGCGUCGAAGAUGGCGGCAGCUCUCGCCAGUACCGAUAACCGCACCCAGGCAGCACUUGCUCGUCUUGAUGCAUUGGAAAGUGACAAUGCCGGAGCAGAGGUGUUAGAGAUCAAUGAUGAUGAUGAUGCUUCUCUUGAUGAUGAUGAUCAAGUGUACGUUCAAAGGAAGCAGUCCAAGAGCAUGAAGCGCAAGACCAGACAGGCAAAAGCACUGGAGAAUGCAAAGAAGGCACCAAGGACAUUCAUGGAGGUGUUGCAGGAUGCAAAUCUAGAGGCCCUGCCUCCACAUGUUCCCUCCUAUUUGAAGGCUGCCGUAGGCCCCCCAAGCACUACAUCCCGUCGCCAUUUCUGCACAGUUUGUGGGUAUGCUGCCAACUAUACGUGCGUUAGGUGCGGAAUGCGAUUUUGUUCAUGUCGUUGUCAGGUUAUACACAAUGACACCCGAUGUUUGAAGUUUGUAACCUGAUCUCUGGCUUGCUAGUUAUCAAGAGUUCCAUCAUGAGAUCGCAAGUUGUAUUGAUUAGGUGGAGUUAGGUUUGAUCAGUUGAGAGGAGGUUUGCUUCCUCUUUGUAAACAUUAUGAUGUUAGAUCACAUUGUAUUUACUAAUAUUUGAAAGAGAAAAAGAAAGAAAGAAAAAUUUAUCAUAAAACAAAAGGAUCAAAA